AUGAAAAUUGUUGUUCUGACUGGAGGUAUUGCAUGUGGUAAGUCCACCGUUGCUGACAUUUUCAGAAAGAAAUACAGAAUUCCAAUAAUAGAUUGCGAUGUUAUUGCUUAUGAUCAACAAAUGCCAGGUGGAUCCGCAUAUAAGAAAAUAAUUAAUACCUUUGGUAAGCAAUAUUUAAACCAAGAUGGAACAAUUAACCGCAAAAUGCUUGGCCAACUUGUUUUCAGUAAUGAACAGCAUCUUAAAACUCUUAAUCGAAUAACUCAUCCUUUAGUUAAACGAGAAAUCAUACGCCAAGUUUUGGUAAAUUAUUUACACUGCGAACCUAUAGUAAUUGUUGAUAUUCCAUUAUAUUAUGAAGCUAAAUUUCAAUCCAAAUUUUAUUCAGAUGUAAUUACUGUUGCAGCAAAUCAUGAAACUCAAUUAAAAAGGCUCAUGGAGAGGAAUAACCUUUCCGAAGAAGAUGCACUUAAAAGAAUUAACGCACAGAUGUCAGUCGAAGAGAAAUGCAAGCUUUCAUCUAUCGUAAUCCGAAAUGAUUCAAGUAUUCAGGAUUUAGAGAAACAGAUUGACGCUACCAUUAGAAAUUGGCGCCAUUAUAAGGGAAUUAUUGACUUUUUAACGGAUGUAAGGCUAUUAAUUGUUAUUAUUUUUAUCAUUAUAACUAUGUUCUUUAUUCUUAGAGCUUGUUUAUAA